UUGACGGGGUUAUGAUAUGAUCCAUGAUCCACAACUUUUUUGUUAUUGGUUAAAUAUGUUAUUUGUUUUAUAAUUAAUUAGAGUUUGCAUUAUUUGAUUUUAGAGAAAUUAUUAUUAGAUUGUGUUUAAUAAAAAUGGCUACGAAUAGACGGAUUUUUGUAGGAAAUUUACCUACAGAUAUAAAUGAAGACGAUAUUCGGCAUGAAUUUUCUGCUUAUGGAAAUGUGACAAAUGUUGAAAUUAAGCAGAAAAAAGAUAAUUUGAAUGAAGGCCAAGCCAACACUUUUGCUUUUAUAAAUAUGGAUAUAGAUACGUGGAGUUUAAAUAAAUGUAUACAAGAAUUUUCAGAACAAGAGUGGAAAGGAAAAUUUCUUAAAGUCGCUUUAGCCAAAGAAAGUUUUCUUGAACAGCUUCAACGAGAAAGAUUGGAAGCGAAAUUGUUGAGUAAAAAAUUGAAUAAAAGUAUAGAAAAAAAUGAUGAAAUUAUUGAGCAACCCAUCCAGCAACUUUCAAAAACACUGCCUGUACCAGUAAAACAAAAUAAAACUACCAUAGUAAAAGAGGGACAAGAUAGUGAAAGCUCAGAAAGUUCUAGCAGUUCUUCAGAUUCAGAACCAGAACAAGGAAAAAGUGAAAAACCUAGAAAUGAUAAGAAAACUGUUGAUUCUGUUGAUGAUCCUGUUGAUGACAAUAGUUUCAUUAUUAAAUCUAAUAAGCAUAACUCAUUUUUGAACCCAGAGAAAUUAAAAAUUCCUACAUAUGGCCCGGCAAUAGUUUCACAGAACAAUGUGCCUCAUAAGAAAAAUUUAACACCACAGUCUACGCUCGCCGAACAAAAAAGAAUACAAUCCUUGCAAGAGAAAAAGGAACAGUAUAACAAGCAAAAAAUGCUUUUGCAGAAAAGUUUUCUAAAAAUUGAUGUAACUCCAAAGAAUAAAAUAGUUUUUUGUGAUGAUAAUAUGGAGAAUAAUAAUGAUGUAAAUGGUUCUGUCAGUAGAAAAUCAAAAAAAAGGAAGACUGCUUUAUUCGAUGAAAAUGAAAAUGAGGAUGAAGAAAAUUACCAAUUUGAUUUAAAAGAACAAUUUGAAGGCAAAGAGGGUAAAAAAUUAUUGAAACUGCAAUCAACAUUUGGUUAUGAUAAACGUUUCACAAUGGAUUCUCACUUUUUGGAGCAAGAUGAUACAACUGAAUUAAAAAAUAAUGAUGUACCAGACACAGAAAACUUAGAAAAUGAAAAAAAGCAUCAAUUUGAAAUAUUAGAAAACAUUCUUGGAAAAAGGAUCGAUUAUAACAAAGAUCAAAUUAAUAAAGAUAUCAAGAUGAAAUCAAUGCUUCGAUAUGAUCCAUCAAAACCUGAUCAUAAUAAAUUUUUAAAUAAAAAUGAAAAAAAUACAAAGUCAAAUUCAAAAGUAAUAUCUGAAAUUGAUGAUAAAGCAAUUGAUGAUAAUUCAACUAAUGAUAAAGAACCAUUAGUAUCAAAUCAAAAGUUCUAUUCUGUUUCUGAAAACUUGAAGGAAGCUAUUAAAGAAAAUACUGGAUUUAGUUUAUUAUCUAUGUUUGGAAAAGCUGAUUUAGAAGAAGAAGCAGUAGAUUUAGAUAAAAACGCUGGUAGUACGUUUCAAAAAGUGCAGCAGAAAAUGGACAAUCCUUUAGACUCCCGGAGAAAUCCAUUUCGAUAUGAUACUUCCGACUCUGAAGAAGAAACUAAUGGAACAUUGAAGUCAAAAAAGGAAUUAAUAAAUCAUGAUAUUGGCCACAUUUCUAGUACAGGCGUAUGGAGAGAAAAUUUUUUUUUCAUAAAAGGCGAUCAAAGACUGAGUGAGGGUAUCAAAUUCUUUACAACAUUUUCUUCUAAUGGUGGCAAAGAUACUUUUAAUGACACAAGAAGAGAGUUGAAAAAAGUUGUCAAAUAUAAAAUACUCAAUAACCUGAGGAAUGCAAAACCAUUUAAAAAGAAGUUAGGUAGUCAUAAGAUAGCAAGAAAAGUUGUAAAAAAUUAAUAUAUGAUAAUAGAUAGUAAACAUAUUGAUUAAAAUAAAAGUGUUACACUGAUUUCAUC